AUGACAGUGCCAUACAGUCCUUCUGAGAGAAAUCCUUCUAUCCAGAAGAAGUCUUACUUAGGAAAAAAUGUCACCAAUGCUAUCAUCACAGUACCUGCUUAUUUCAAUGACUUACAACGUCAAGCUACCAAAGAUGCUGGAACCAUUAAUGGACUUCACGUUCUACGUAUUAUUAAUGAGCCCACCGAUGCUGCCAUUGCCUAUGGUUUAGACAAAAAGGGUCAAGGUGAAAGAAAUGUCCUUAUUUUCGAUCUUUGUGGUGGUACUUUUGAUGUAUCAAUCUUAACAAUUGAAGAUAGUAUCUUUGAAGUUAAAUCAACUGCUGGAGAUACUCAUAUAGGAGGUGAAGACUGCGACAACAGAAUGGUCAAUCGCCUUGUUGGAGAAUUCAAGACGAAAUACAAGAAAGAUCUUACCACAAACGAACGUCCCUCCGUCGAUUGA